AUGGCCGAUGGGGGAACGGUGGACGAUGCGGCGAGAACCACGGUUCACGUUCGGACGGUGGUUCCGAUCCCCUUCAGUGUCUUCCCGUCUGCGUAUCGGAACGCGGAAUUCAAAGACUCUACCACUGUCCAGGUAGAACAAGAAGCACAGUUUGAGCAACAGGCUUCACACGGACGGGAAGGUCACGAAGAAAUCCACGACUCCUUCUCGCCCACUGUCCACCACCGUACUCCUCCACCACCACCAUCGCCAUCGUCUGUCGCCUCCACUCCUGCCCCGCCUGCUGCUCAGCAAUUCCAAGACACCCACGUCAAGGAAGAGGUCCGCAUUUUUGAAGAGGGGCGUUUCGGUCGUCCUCAGCCAUCCCACAAGGCGCACACCCCUCAGCAGCCACAAUCACCCCAGACCCCUCAGCAGCAGCAACACCACCACCAGCACCACUCGGAGCACCACUCGGAGCACCAUCACCACCAUCACCAGGAGACUCGUCAGCACCAAGAGACCCGCCAACACCACGAGACUCGCCAGCACUUUCGCGCCCAGCAAACUCCCCAGCAGCCUCACGUUCGUGAAGAAAUCCACAUCCACGAGGAAACGCACUUUGCACAACCCCAGCAACAGUCGCAGCACCACCAGCACCAGCACCAGCAGGCCCAGUCGCAGUACCAGCAGUCGCAGUACCAGGCUCAGUCGCAGCACCCAGCCCAGUCUCAGCACCACCAGUCCCCCCAGCUUCAGGCCCAGCCCCAGCUCCAGCCUCAGCCGCAACGCGCUCAGUCGCACACUGCACGCUCCCAGCACUCGCACGCUCAGCACGCUCAGCACGCCCAGCGAACUGACCGCGUAGAGUUUGCACGUUCCCACGACCGCUACCAAUCCCAACCUCCUUCCUCCCACUCUCCAGUCGAGGUUCAGGAAAGGUCCUACGAUAAGCACUUCAAAACAGUCCACGGCCCUGCCACCGACUCCGCUCCCACUCCCACUCAAAUCGACAUCACCGAACGUCAGUUCCGUGAGCACACCCGUCCCAUCGUCGCCGGUGCUAGCUACUCCAAGGAGACCUACACCACCCAGCGCGGCACCUACCCCAACAACCGCAAAGUUGACCUUGUCGACAACAAAACCACCACUGAGGUUCGAGUAGAAGAAACUGCUCGUUCCACUGCUGCACCCCCCAAGAAGUUCAAGCGUGAUAUGGGAUAUUACGACAACGAGGGCAAGUACCAUUCGUUUCGUCAAGGAAUCUCCACCGCCGCACACAAGGUAGCCGAACGCGUUCAGCACCCCAUCCACCCUCACCGCCAUCACCACUCCAAGGAACACUCUUUCCCUGGUGCCAAGUACGACGACGAGCGCGAAGAAAUCGUUGUAAAGGAGAAGUACUACACUGCCUCCCCUUCCGUCGUUCCCAGCCCUCCCGUCCAAUCCGGCGUCCCCGUUGAAAGGGUCGUUCGCGUCGACAGCUCAGCUCCUGCUCCAAGGCCCGCUACCGUCGCCCCCAAGCCCAUCUCCACCACCCUCACCACCGCCCCAAUCUCCACCCGCACCGUCCGCAAGAUGACUACCGGCAACACCAUCACCAUCCCCUGCCACCACAUCCGCAUUGGCGAUCUCCUGAUCCUUCAGGGCCGCCCUUGCCAGGUGAUCCGCAUCACCACCUCGUCGCAGACUGGCCAGCACCGCUACCUCGGUGUUGACCUGUUCACCAAGCAGCUCCAUGAGGAGUCCAGCUUCAUCUCCAACCCGGCCCCGUCCGUCGUUGUCCAGAACAUGCUUGGUCCUGUCUUCAAGCAGUACCGUGUUCUCGACAUCCGCGAGGACGGCCGCGUUGUCGCCAUGACCGAGGGUGGUGAUGUCAAGCAGGGCCUUCCCGUCCUUGACCAGAGCGGUCUCCUCUCCCGCUUGACAGAGGCCUUUGACAACGGCCGUGGCAGCGUCCGCAUCCUCGUCAUCAACGACGACGGCAUGGAGAUGGCUGUUGACUUCAAGGUCGUCCACGGCUCCAGGUUGUAG